AUGACGAACGCAGUCGUCAAAUUAAGCGGGUUCGGAAGCGCUCGUCUUCAAAUAUUUUUUUUUAUACUACUGACAUGUCCUUAUUACAGUUUCGCCAGAAGGUCCUCUGGCAGUUACGGUAGAUCCUCGCACAGUAGUCACGGCGGCGGUGGUACUCAUACUUAUCCGGCGUCCACUGGCUAUUCUGGCACCGGGUCAGGUGGCUCGCACUUGUAUCCUUCAUCGACUGGACUUUCGGGAAACAGUAAUUACAACAGUCACGUUACGAAACAAACGACAACGCGUCAACAUGAUGGCUCUUAUCACGGUAGGAAGACUGAAGUACACCAUCACUCUCAUCAAAAUUAUCACUACAGUCCACCACCUCGAGUCAACUAUGGGAGCGUCAGCUAUCCAGUAUAUCACGCACAGCCACCCGUUUAUGUUUACCAAUACAGAGAUUCCGGAAGUAGAUUUGAUAACUUGCUCACCGGUUUAGCCUUGUAUAAUUUGGGCAGGAUGUCGGCAAACCACGACCAUUACCAUCAUUACGAUCCGGAUAGAAGAUACGUAAGCGCACCGGGUGAAAUGUGUAAACUAGGCAUAAGAAGAAAAAAUGGUGACUACGAAGAAACUCGAGUCGAUUGCGAGCUCAUGUCGAGUUUCAUUUGGGAUACCGAUCCAUCGACGACUCGACAUAAUACUGUACCGAAAAAUACAGUUUCUACUACAGUAACGAAUAUGACAAAAGUGCAAUCCGGUGAACCAAACUCUAACAAUUCUAUUACAACAAUCACAGUCACGAAUACCACAGUAGUCGACGCUCUGCAAGCGAAAGGUCAAUCCAUAGAAGUGACCCAGGAUAUGACUUGUUACAUGAUCCGUAUAUCGCGUACAUCUAAUAUGAAGAAAGAAAUAAAAUGCGGAAUAUUACAAGCUUACGCACAAAGUUCGUGGCGUCCAAAUGCUUGUGAAGGAAUUUCAUCAAAAUUACCAGUUGCUUUAUUAUUAAUUUACGAAUGGUCGUUAUUUCAAAUUUUUUAA